CAGUGCUCAACUGGUACUUCUAUACAUACUCCGUGAAAGGAUGGUUGGAUGUACCUCUUUAAUAAGGUUGUCUGCUAAAAUUGUUAUUGGUGUCAGGCAAAAUACAUAUCGGAAGUACUUCCGGCCUUUUAUAUUUUCAGUUUAAAUUCUACCCAUUUUAACUUUACGUCCUCCAAUGGGUGAUAAAAAAAAUACCUGUUAAUUACUGGAAUCUUGUGUAACGGACUACACCCUCUGAUCCUUAACAUUGCUGGUUUUGUGUCCAAAUUCGAAACAAUUGUUUGACUGAAACAAACUCGAAUCCGUUGCAGGGUGACGUCAGUUUUUGCCAUUGCUGGAGACGUAAACCCGGAAAACGAAUCGGUUCACCAUGGCGGCCACGGCCUCAAGCCCAGUGGAGGAAGAUGUCUUCGACUGUUUUGAUCAUUACGAUAAAAUCCCUACAAAAAACAGUGUCGCCUAUAUUUUCAGCAAUGUGACUUUCAGGAACAACGAAAUUCGUGAUGCUUCAACCGAAGACAAUAAUUUAUUCAAAGAGGCAUUAAUAAAUCUUGGAUUUAGCGCUGAAAAUAUCAAAGAAUAUGUUGAUAUGGAAACCAGUGAUAUACCGGGAAAAUUCGAUGAAGACUUUGAUUAUCCCGAGAUUGAUUGUUUUGUUUGUGCAAUUCUGAGUUAUAUGCUCCCAGAGAACCUUAUCCGUACAUACGACAAGGCCAUACCGUUAAAUAAAAUACUUACAUGUGUCGAAGAUGCAUCAUAUUUAAAAGAUAAACCUAAAUUAAUUUUUGUGGUAACAACUCCUCGGCAUUGCGAUAAUGCUAUCGAAAAAUGCGAUGCUGAUACCAUCGGAUUUGAAGAAGAACAUACCACCCCACGGACUGCAGAUAUGCUCGUCGUUUGUUCGUCCAGCGACAAUACCACAAGAAGCUCAUAUUUUAUGAAGUUUUUACACAAAGUUCUGGAAGAAUGUGGUAACAAAUAUGAUAUUAUGACGAUUUUGGCAGCUGUUUCAAACUGUAUUAAAGAGGAAAUCGAAAGCAAUGAACAGAUGCCCUGCAUCAUGUCGACGUUAACGAAGCAACUGAAAUUCGAACGUAGUACCAACAACACAGUAUAGUUUAUUUUAUAUGGAACAUUCUCCGACAAGGCGCAGGUAAAGAAUACAUACACCACCGGGUUUCGGCGUAACAAAAACCCUAAACCCUAACCGUCGGGGGUACUACUCGGGACCCCUGUUCUCAAGUAGUACCACCCUCGGGUGUACGUAUUCUUUACCUUCGCCACCGUGAUUUAAAAUGACAAAAUUCUAAAGUUCUGCCCUUCACACCCACUUGUGCCGUACGAAGAUAAAAUGUAGUUUGACAUUUGAGACCUAAAACUUAAUUUUUUAAUAUAUUUUAAUGUAGACGAUGCAUAAAAUACAAAUCCUAAACUUAAAUUGUUAAACAGAUAACUCUAGUAUUUUUCAUUAUUUUAAUUUGUUUUAAUUGUUAAAAUAAUUAAAGCUUUAUUCGAUCUUUUAAAUAAUCUGUAAUGAACAAUUUACGCAGUUUUGGUUCUUAGGGCAAUCAAGUCAUUUGAUGUCUAGAAAAACGAAUCAGAACUUAUGUAAUUAUUCAUUCUUAAUCAAGUCCUACAGAUUAUCUUAAUUGAUGUUAUAAUAUUUUGUCUACGGGCGCAUGUGGCGGAGACGUAACCCGACCCCCCCCCCACCGCUGUCUAUAUCGAAAAUUUUAUUAGAAAAUAUCAAUUUUUAUGAAAGUUAAAGGGAAACAGAGUUUGUGUGAGAUUUGGCUGUUAUUUCUAGCAUAUGGAUAGCCUGCUUGAAGGCUGUAGAAUCGGGAGGGGAGAGAUGUGUUUUUUUGGGGGGAGCGGGGUUUUCUUUUUUGAAAAAUCGAAAUUUUACAAACAAUUUUUGUUCAGAAUCAUAAUCUCCGUAUUUUUCUACGUAUUUCACCCCACAAAAAAUUCUGGAAAAAUGAAGAAAUGAGAAAGUGGGGGGGAGGGGGGAUUGAAGUUGCGAUUUUUGCCAGUUUUUUUUUUUUUUUCCAGAAUCGAAAUCACACCCGAAAAAGGGGUUUCUGUAAAAAAAAAAGAAAAGAAAAAAUUAAUUAGAAAAAAAAGUGGGAGAGUUGGGUUAGGUUAGGUGGUCUCCGCCCUAUCUGCCCUAUUUCCGAUUGCAUGCUGGUAACUCACAAAAAGGGACCAAAAUCCCCAAAAGAAUACUACUCACACAUCUGAGUGUUGAGCUGAUUUUGAAUUUUGGAAAUAUAUUAAAUAUUCCAUAUAUAUAUUUCGAAACGAAGGAACUGAAUUUAUUAAGCUUUGCCCUUGUGUAAUGACGUGAGCUGAGAGAACCUGCUGAUAACCAGGAAGUAAAGUUGGACUUGUGUGGAUUUCAACAUGUCUGACUUAACCGCGGUAGAUAUCAUGAAGUAUUUCGCUGUUUAUGAAAUGACACAAAAUAAGAGAAGAGUAGCCUACAUUUUCAAGAAUAAACCGUUCCCAAAAGACGUAGAAAACAUUCGAAAUGCCUUAAAAGUGCUUGGAUUUAAUGAAACAGAUAUCAAAGUACACACGUUCGAAGAAAUGCCUAUGGUUUCUAAAGAGUUUAAUGACGAUGAUAUUGAUUGCAUUUUUUGUGUAAUUCUGAAAAAUGUGGAAUUGGAUAACGAAUUUACGGACGUGGCGGAGGUUCACAAUUUGCUUUCUUAUCUGAAGACCGAUAAAUGUCCAUUAUUAGCCGGAAUACCUAAAUUAAUUUUUGUUGAAGCUUCGCGAGGAAGUAAGCCUGAUACAGCAGAAACCCAGCCGAACGUUAAUGAAAACGAGGAACUAAUUUCGAAAUGUCAAAUUGAGGAAGAUACGCUGAUCUACUUUUCAUCGUGCCUUGGUUAUCCAUCUUUUAAUAAUGAAAGUAAUGGGUCGUGGUUUAUUAGCACCCUAAGUAAAAUUUUGGUAAAAUAUGGCACCAUUUACGAAAUGAUGGUACUUUUAACAGGUGUUUCUAAGCAUGUUGCUUCG